AUGUUCCACAAUCGGGGUGCUUCUGCUGGUCCUCUACUUCCCGGCACGGCGGGCUGGGAACCAGACUGCUUCCCUGGGACGAAGAGUUCGAAGGAAAGGCUCCCAGCAGCCGUGCUGCUAGUAGCAGCGGCGGCAGCAGCGGCAGCAGCAGCAGCAGCAGAAGCAGCAACAAGCCACAGCGGGAAAAUUAGCAGCAGGAGCAUCAAAGUGAAACCUGAUGGGUCUCGACGGCUGCUUUCAAUCAGCAGCAUCAGCGACGGCAAGCGCGGCAGCAGUGUAGCGGCGGAGAGUGGCGAGGGUUGGAGAAAUAAGUGGUACGCCACCGAGAACUUCAAUUUAGCUCUCAUUUUCCACUCGCGUCUCCUGCAGCACCCCUGCCGAACCUCCGACCCAGACUCGGCAGAUCUCUUGUUCAUCCCGGCGUACCUAGGUUGGAUGAUUUGGUCGCUCGUAGAACACGGGCUCUUCGUGAAGCGAGACGAACCCGUGGCUGACCUUGAGAGGUUCUUAUUGGAGAAUGCGGACUUCAAGAGGCUCGUGAAUCGUGGCGACCACGUGCUCGUUCUCGGCCGUCCGAUCUGGGACUUCAUUCGCGUACUGGAUAAGCCUGACGGGUGGGGGACUGAUCUGUGGUGGCGACCUACCUUCAAUAAUGUCACACUUCUUACAGUGGAGGCUCCUACGGAGUGGCUUGAACGGGAAGUCUUUUCUGUUCCUUACACGACCUGUUUCCAUCCUGUAGGCUCGGCCGACCUGGAGGGGUGGGUUCGGCAUGUUCGGGAGCAGCCUCGGCCGUAUCUGUACUCGUUUGUGGGCGGGAAGCGAGCGCAUGCGACAUGGGAGGGCUCGUUAAGAGGCGUCUUGCUGAACGAGUGUGAGAACGAUCCUAAGAGGUGCAUCUUCUUAGAGUGUACUGUUGCUGACGCGGAGGCCGCGACUGCAGCAGCGGUGGAGAUAGGCAGGCAGGCGCAGAAACGAAAGGAGGAGGGGAAGGAGGAGGAGAAUGAGAUUGAGCCAGAUUUCCCCCUGAGGGGAUGCAUGGAUCCUAGGAGAGUGGCUGGUGUGAUGCUUCAGUCCGAGUUUUGCCUGCAACCUCUAGGGGACAGCCUCACUAGAAGGUCGUUCUUUGACUCGAUCAUAUCGGGGUGCAUCCCUGUCGUGUUUACUGAAGGCACGUUUGAUCUACAGUACCCCUGGUUCUUCGCUCCUGGACCUGAGGCUCGGAGGAACGUGUCAGUGAUGGUGGAAUCGGAUGAUGUGAUUGGGCGGAAGGUUCGGAUUGGAGAGGUGCUGGCGGGAAUAUCGGAGGAGAGGAAGAGGGAGAUGAGGGAAGAGCUUUAUAGACACAUCCCGAGCCUGCUUGUAAGGGAUCAUACGAGAGAGGGGGAGGUGGGAGAGGAGGGUACGUUUGUAGAUAUGGUGGAUAGGACCAUCGAAGGUUUGAUUGAGAGGAAGAAGAUGCGGAGAGCUGGCCUCGCCGGGAGCUAUUUUCCUUAA